AUGGGCAGAAGCACCAAGCAGAGUGACCAAGACCAGCUGAAGGAACUCUACUCAGAGGGGAAUCUGACAGUGCUGGCUACUGAUGCCCUGCUCCACCAGGACCCACUGCAGUUAGAUUUCCAUUUCCGCCUCACCCCCCAGACCUCUGUCCAUUGGCACGGCCUUCUCUGUGACCGUCAGCUUUUCCUGGAUAUCCCAUAUCGGGCCUUGGAUCAAGGCAACCAGAAGAGUUUGACUGCAACACUGGAGUAUGUGGAAGAGAAGACCAAUGUGGAUUCCGUGUUCGUAAACUUCCAAAACGACCGGAAUGACAGAGGUGCCCUGCUUCGGGCCUUCAGCUACAUGGGCUUUGAGCUGGUCAGACCGGGUCACCCUGCGCUUCCUCCCUGGGACAAUACCAUCUUUAUGGUGUAUCCCCUUGAAAGGGAUCUGGGCCACCUGCCCAGUAAGACUCCCUGA